GGUGCCUUACGCAGCUCCGUCACCGCGGUGGAGUCAGCGCACUUGGGUCCCAUCUUUUUUCUUUUUCAUAAAAGCCCGCAUAUAGGGCAUCCACCCUCCCCUCCCAUAUCCACCAUACCUCACUAAUGGCCGCAAAUAUUGCGAUAGUCGGCAUUGCAGCGGAACUGCCAAGUGGUGCUUACUCUAAAGACAACUUUAAUCACAAGUCUUUCUUCGAUUUUCUUUUAGACCGCGGAGAAUCCUAUGAACGGAUACCCGCCGACCGCUUCAAUAUCGACGCCUGGAACGGUAAUGGCCUGGCUAGGGUGCAUGUAGACAAAGGUUCAUUUCUCAAAGAAAUCGAUCUAUUCGACAAUGUGGAAUUCGGCGUAUCGUCACGAGAUGCUCGUAUCAUGGCCCCCGCAACUAGGAAGCUGCUCGAAUCUUGUUUUCUUGCUUUGUUAGAUUCUGGAAUAGACUACAGGGCACAGAAUGUUGGCUGUUACACUUCAGGCAUUUCCUUCGACUUGACUAAUGUUUCUGAACCUGAUCACUACGAUGCUCGUGGUUCCUUUGCUGGCUAUCCAGCGAUGGUCGCUAAUCGUAUUUCAAACCACCUUGACUUACUCGGCCCUUCUCUCCCUACAGAUACAGCUUGUAGUUCCACCAUCACGACAUUGCACCUUGCAGUGCAAGCACUGCUUAACGGCGACUGUGGCGCCGCCGUAGUCGCAGGAUGUCAAUUAAAUCAUCGGUUUAUAGACUGGAUUACAUACAGCAAUGGCUCGCUCUUGGCGAAGGAUGGAAAGUGUAAACCCUUUGACCAAUCAGCAGACGGAUUUGCCCGCGCGGAGGCUUGCGCCGCCAUCGUGAUCAAGCCACUAGAAGAUGCGCUGAGGGAUCAAGAUCGUAUCUAUGCAACGAUUCUAGGAACAGCGAUUAAUUCUACGGGAGGGGGCGCUCCUCCAGGAGCUCCAGUUCCAGAGGCUCAGCGUGAUGCUAUGCUUCACGCCUUUAGACGAGCUGGUCGAAGACCACAGGAUGUUGAUUUUGUAGAGCUUCAUGCCACAGGCACGGCGAAAGGAGACCCCGUCGAAGCAAAUUGGGUUGGCGCCCAUUUCCAAAGGCAAGAAGAAUUACUAAUUGGUAGUGUGAAAGGCAACAUCGGGCAUACCGAGAUCGUCGCCUUUUUAGCUUCAUUGUCCAAGGUCCUUUCCGUGAUACAGCGUGGUCUCAUUCCACCGAACAUCAACGUUGUAAACUUGAAUCCCGCGAUUGAAUGGGACAGAUACAAACUUCGAGUUCCUCUAGAUACCACGCCUUUGCCAUGUAGAUCUGGUUCCAAGCCCUUGAUCUCAAUGGCGAGCUCUGGGAUAGGUGGUUCUAAUGGCCAUGUCGUCCUAGAGGGUCCACCAGAAAUUCGAUCUCUAGCCAACAACGUAAUAGUGAAUUCGGAAAGGCCAGUGUUGCUGGUUGCUGGAGGUCUCUCGCCUCGAUCCACUUCAUCAGUUGCACAGUCAGUUUUGAAAGCUGUGACAGACAAGGAUCAAGAUCUUCCUGUUGUCUCAACCAUCCUCGGUCGGCGGUCCAAGCAAAUGACUUGGAGAUCAUUUGCAGUUUCUAAUUCAAGUUCAUUAUCAACAUCAGUCUUCUCCCCACCGCAGUACAUUGCUCGCUUUGCAAAUCCUGUAGUCAUGAUCUUUUCUGGUCAGGGUCCCCAACACGAUGACAUGGGUAAGGAACUCUUCAAGGAAUUUCCGGUCUUCCGUGAUAGCAUAUUAGAAAUGGAUGAAGUCUUCAAAAGUAUGACUGGCAAGUCGAUAAUCCACGACUUUGGCCUCUUCCGCUGGGACAGCGAAUCCAAGUUACGGGAUACGUGGCCAAUAUCCAUCAUUUUACCCUCAAUCGCGAUGUUUCAGGUAGCACUCUUCGAUUUGUUCGUAAGUCUUGGUAUCAAGCCGGACGUCGUGGUUGGUCAUUCUGCGGGAGAGACCGCAAUGCUCUAUGCUUCAGGCGCUGCGCCUAAAGCAAUGGCAGUUGAGCUAGCCAUCAUUCGAGGGAAAGCCUUUUCCUCUGUUGAGAGUCAUGGUGGCACAAUGGCUGCUCUGUCGUGCGGCCUUGAAGAAGCAUCUGGAAUACUGGAGGAAGAGCGCUCCGACAACCCCGGUAGUAUCGUCGAGGUUGCCUGUCUUAACUCGCCUUCCGCAGUUGCUAUCGCAGGGCACGAAAUAGCUAUUGACCGCGUGGUCAAAGUUGCUCAGUCUCGAGGAAUCUUCGCCCGCAAGAUUCACACCAAGGUACCCAUUCACUCAUCCAUGAUGGAUGCCUGUCAGCAGGAAUACUGUGGCAUGCUACGGGAUUUAUUCACUCGAUAUCCUGGGUCUCACAAAUCGGUCAUUCCUGUCUAUUCGACCCUGACUGGAAAACUAUUUUCCGACCCAUUCGAUGCACAGUACUUUUGGGACAAUACUCGGUCUCAGGUUCGUUUCUCUGAGGUUGUGGAAGCCCUUGGGACUUCUCGUGACUACACCUACAUCGAGCUUUCGCCCCAUCCUGUGCUCUCGUCUUACGUGUCUAGUAUGGUUCCCGAGUCGAGUCACGUUUUAUCGACUAUCCGGCGUCCAAAGUCUGGGACACCGUCCGUAGAGUAUCGAAACGUAUUAGAACUUUGUGGCAAGUUGACUGUCAAUGGCCAUAAUUGCGUCGACUUCACUGCUCUUAACGGUCGAGCAUGUUACGAUGCUGAAGUCGACUUGCCUGACUAUCCAUUUUCGAAGAAACGCUUCAAUUUAUAUCCAGACACUGCUGGAUACGCCAAACAAAUGGAGCCACAAUUUGGCCCCCUGAAUAAUAAACACUUGAGAGUGAACAAGGAGACGCAUCCCACACUUGCGGAGCAUAUCAUCAGAGGUGAACCUAUCAUGCCGGCUGCCGGAUUUAUGGAAAUGGCUAUUGAAUUUGGCGCUUCAACCUUGAUGAACGUUAAUUUGCGGUCGAUGCUUUCUCUUUCCUCUGAAAGCCCAAUUAAGGUCGAGGCCAGCCUGGACGGAUCAUACUGGACUGUCAAGUCUAUAGCGACAUCACCUCAGUCUCGCAAAGAUUCGAAGCUCAAACCAAUAUACCCAGUAUACGCAAGCGGUGCCCGGAGCAUGUCAGUUCUGCCCUUCCACGGUGAUUUCGACCCCAAUGUUUACUACCUGCCUGCUCGGGUAGAGGCAGUGAUUGUACACAAAGCACUGCGACCACAGUAUUUCCCUGCACAUGUCUAUGCCCACAUAAAGCUGGGAAUGUGGACCCCUGCUUCCAUGCAUUAUGAUAUCGCCCUAGUGGAUGAUAAAGGGAGCCACUUGUGCACCUUGAAAGGCCUGGAGGUAGCAAAACAUCGAAUCACACCUUUGACCCCCACGCAGAAAUCGUACGAUAUCAAUUGGCAACCUGUACCUCAUCCCCUCCGACCGUCUCAUUCAUGCGUGGUGCUCCCUUCUACGCAAGACCGGCCUACUCUAUUCAGCGUGAUUGAUAAUCUAGCUAGGGGAGGACUCGCGAAUACGAAGACGUCAUCACACUUGACAGCGAAUGGAUGGCAUUGCCCUUCUAGCCAGCCUGAUAUGGCCUAUCUCCAGAAAGAGUGGCCAGGUUAUUUCGAAGUGUUAGAGAACAGGGAUGACAAGGACUUGAUAUCUGUGUUUGAUGGCCCACAAUACGACUACGCCGUAUCUCAAACUUGUCAAGCUCUUCAGGACGCUUUGACAGCCAUUGCACAGAAUAACUCCCGGCGAGUUGUGAAGAUCUUUAUUACUAGCAGUGUUAAAUCACUUUUUAUUCGACUCCCCGGCGUCCUAAGCAAAUUUUGCUCCAUGUUUAUAGAAGUUGUUGUGGAGGGCAUAGACCAAAUGGUGCUUCUCCCUUCGGACCCUGAUUUCGGCUUGGUUCGCAUUGCAAAGAUCGAUUUUGAAGCUUCCGAGACGCGGACGCCAGAUGAUCUAGGUUUCGAUAUCGUGAUCGCUUUCAAUGUGGCCGCCACAAAGGUCGAAGCUGGUGCCAUUGUCCAAACAUGCAACGAUAUUCUUGUGCCAGGAGGAACUAUGAUCUUGACAGAGCGAAAUCGACGUGCGUGGGACCAGGGCUUGCCUGGCACUGCCUGGUAUAACUCGGUCUUUGGUUCACCUGCUUCAUCGGAGAUUUUCCCCCUGAACUCGUAUUUGGAUAACCUCGAAAAGCUCAAGUUUACUGUGUUACACUCUCACUACACCGAAGCGCAAGACCCAUUCCACUUCAUAAUAGAAAGUCAAAGCAACGUUUUAGGAUCAGUUCCCGCCCCGGAACUUUUGCUUUGCGAUCCUUCAGAGGCAUUUAUCUUCAGAUACGAGUUCGGCUGUGAAAGCGAUCUGCAAUGGCAUUUCAGUGGUCUCAACAGAUCGCAGCAAUUAGACAUCUGGGUCGUUGCCAAGGAAGGCCAAGAUGGGGGUGCGGCAUCCGGAUUAGUUCGUGCCUUGAACAGGGAAUGCCCCUUGUGGACCAUUCGAUUGGUUGUCUUCCCACUUUCGUACACCGAGGAAAUGGAAGAGGAUAGCCUUCAGCGUUUGCCUUCCUGUAUGAAGGACGAGUCCGAGAUCAUGAUUUCCCCCGAAGGUGUACCCUUUGUCCCUCGCAUGACUCCUUUACCUGAAACCAAAUCCAAGACGUUACCUGCUAUGUCUUCCGCAGACCUUAUCGAUUUUGCCUUGGAUCAAAUACUUGUGCGAAUAAUUUCGUCUUUCAAAGGCGGGAAAGUCUAUGGCUUCAUUGGUUCUGUUGUCAACAAUAAUGGCACAAGCAUAGAUAAAGGUGCUUUGGUAGUAGGGCUCACUGCAGAGGCUAUGAAAGAGCAUGCAGUAGUUGAUAUCGCUUCUGUGUGUGCGGUCUCGCUUCACGUACUGCAAGUGGCCUCAGUCAUCGCCGCUCGUGUUCCGGGUUGUGUCGCUUCUGUCCUUGCCCCCGGGUUGAGUUUGUUUAAUAACACAAGCCGUCUGAAGUCUCAACGGAUCUUACUCACGCACUCUGACACCGACAUGGGUUCCGUGAUCAAAGGAAUCUACUCCCAUAAAGGUCUAGAAUUCGAGACAGUUACCCAAGAAACCAGCUUACUUGAGCUGGCGACCAUGGGUAGCGGCCCGUUCGAUCUGAUCGUUUCAGGAUAUGAUGAUAAACCGCACAUUCAAGUACUGAAGAACUUGUUGUCCCCUGGCCGAGGGAAACUCUUCUUAUGGGAGGAUGAAGCGACUGGACUCAUCGAUAUUCUUCAACGAGAUCCAUGCUCAAUUGGGGAUGCACUACGCAAUGUCAUUCCCUUGUUGGAAAACCAUGAUUCGUUACUUGACGAGACAACCCCGUUGGGUACGGUCGCCCUUCCGAAUGGCAAAGUUGAUGUGGGAUCGAAGAUUACCCCUCGUCAGCGCUCUUCAUUCGAUGCCAACAAAACAUACCUCAUUCUGGGAGGAAUCGGCAGUGUUGGAGUACACAUCACUUUGUUCAUGUAUGAGAGGGGUGCCCGUCACAUAAUUCUCACAUCCCGUUCUGGUGAAGACGGUUUGCGAAAGAACAAGAACAAAAUACUCCACAGAAUGCUAGAUUACGUGAAAAGGCUGAAAGGUCUAAAUAUUCGUUUGGAGGCUGUUGACGCUUCGUCUUCUAUUGACAUGGCAGCCCUGAUUGAACCUCUGAAAACACCAUUAGGUGGAUGCAUGAUAUUAACAGCUGUUCUAUCAGAUGGCGCCUUCCAACAUCUCACCGAGGAAGACUUCUCGGCAUCAUUCGCUUGUAAAAGCGGCGUGUUGGAUACUGUAAAGGACACUAUUGACAUAUCAAACCUCGAUUUCCUUAUAGCCUUUUCCUCUGUAUCUGGUGCAUUUGGUAUACAAGGUCAAACUAAUUACGGAGCGGCAAACACUCUUCUGGAACAGCAAAUGUCGCUGUUUCCGAAUGGAUUCACAUUUAUCUGUCCUGGAAUUCUAGAUUCUUCGCUAAUGCUUGCCAGUGGAUCAGAUAAAGCAGAGUUACGUCUCAACCACCUUAUUGAUUGGUCAAUUUCAGCGGAAGAUAUGAUCCGUUGGCUGGAUGACGCGUUCUGUAAACAUCAGAACAAUUAUUCUUUCAGUCGAUAUAUUCCACAUCUCAAUUGGGAAGCUAUGGAUGGAACCCAUGGGAUGUCAAAGAUAGGGAAGCAUUUAGUACCAGCGAAAUCACAAUCGGCCACAAGAGCCAGCGCUAAGAGCCACAUCGACGGCAUGGCCGAUAUGAUAUGCAGCGCACUUGGUAUACUGCCAAAUGACUUCUCUGCGGAGGUACCUCUCACAACUUAUGGUCUCGAUUCACUUUCUGCGUCAAGGCUCUCAUUUAUCUUGCGGCCGAUCGUCGAAGUCACUCAAAUUCAGUUAUUGGCCGACCUAUCGUUAAAUGACAUUUGGCGCAAGGUUCCUGCAUCAUCGUCAGAUGUCGAAUCUAAAACUAUAAUCUCGACUUCAGUGAAGGCUAAGACUGAUCAUGUGGCGGAGUUACUUGCGAAGUACGCAGCACGCAUCCCCAGUAGCACACCUUUGCAAGAUGAUGGCCCCGUAGCUUCUUCGGACCAAGUCAUACUCCUUACUGGUAGCACCGGUGCCUUGGGAUGCAACAUAUUAUAUCACUUAAUCGGGAAUGAUGUAGUCAAGCGAAUAUAUGCCUUCAACAGAAGAAACACCAAUGGCAUCCCUCUGUGGGACAGACAAAGAGAUGCUUUUGAGGCUCAAGGGUUACCAUCUUCGCUCGUAGAUUCUCCUAAAGUGACACUACUAGAAGGCGAUCUUGCCGCAUCUGAUUUCAGGGUGCCAACCAAGGUUCUGGAUGAGCUGUUGUCAACUGUGACACAUGUUAUUCAUAAUGCCUGGAGAGUGGAUUUCGUUGCCCCACUAGCAGAUUUCGAAGAUUUAGUUGAAGGCACCUAUGGGUUGAUCACCUUUGCGCUGCGGUCCAAACUCCCUAUAGCUGGAGAGAAGUCGCUCUUGAGAACCAACGUAAUUCGUGUAGGAUUGUUAAGCGGAGGCUUGAAUGGAUUCUGGGACACCUCUCAUUGGCUACCGGCUCUGGUUCAAUCUAGCUCGUAUGUAGGAUGCCUUCCCGAGGGCGAUGAGCCGCUAUAG